AUGAGGGUACUUUUGAUAUUCUUGUGGUUUGUACAAACACAUACUUUCGAUUUACCAAAUCAUGGAUGUGGAUCUGAUUUAACCAUUGACAAGGACCAUUAUAACACUUCGAAAGUUUAUAACAUAGGAGACGCAUUUCCAACGGAAACACAUUACGAUAAAUUUGGAAAUUUAUUUUUCAUUGAAUCGGGCAGAAAUCUCGAUGGGUACUUUUUUCAGGCGAAAAUGAUAAAAGCUAAUUCAACUGUCCCUGAAAGAAUUGAAGGUCUUCCCCUUGGACAAUGUUAUUCUAUUGCUGUGGAUAAUAAAAACUCCAUGGUAUAUUUUGGCACGGGUAAAGGAAUUUUUGCCUACAAUUAUGAUUCCGAAGAUACAAAACUUAUAUCCUCUCCGAAUAUAAAGCCAAACGAAUUAUUCGUGGAUAAAGAUGGUAACAAAUAUAUAACAGAAAGUCCUGAUGGUAUAGAACAGAUGUAUUUAUUGUCGGGCGAGAAAAAAAUUCGAUUCAAAACUUUGGAAGCCCUAAAUGAAGUUGCAGUUGACGAUAAAAAUAAUUUUUAUUUCAUCAGAGAAGAAAAACUGUUCGUUCUGAAAUCGAAUUUAUCAUUUCCAAUACUCAUUGGAAAUCUUACAUAUGAUGGACUUGCGCAAAUCUCCUUCCAUAAAAACACAGUGUAUGUCGCCAGUGAAACGUUAUUGUACCUCCAUGAAAAUGAUACGGGCGCUCUAAAGAACGUAGAUAAUGUCCCAGGGAAUGUAACUGCUAUUGCAUUUGAUUAUGCUAGUAAUUUAGUGCUUGGAACUUAUGGUAAAUUAAUCAAAUAUGACAAUAAGAAUGCCGAAUGUUAUCAUAGAAAUAAUACAUGA